ACAAUUAAGAGCUUAUUUGGUUGUCAAAUUUGACAUUUCGCGUGCAGCAAGUAACGAAGGAAUAGGCCACUAAUUGUCGUAUUUACCUAAGGGGAUAAAGCAAGAACAGAAUGGGUAAUGCUUACGCACGUGCCAUUAAACCGGAUGUAAUGCCGGGACCUGAUUGUGUGCCUUCAUUUGACCCAAUGUUGGGCUUUGAGUCUCGCAAGGAGCGUGUCAUGAUUGCUACCGAAGAAGAGAUGGUAUCGGCAAAACUACCAUUAGAGGAUCGUGACUACUGUGCACACAAAUUGCUUAAAUACCGCGCCUGUCGCGCUGAUACCUUUCCUUUUGUGUACAAAUGCCACCAUGAGAAACACGAUUAUCUCACAUGCGAAUAUGAGGACUAUAUGCUGCGAAUGAAGGAGUUUGAACGUGAGCGAAGAUUGUUAGAACGCCAAAAGGCCAUCGAAAAGCAAGGAAGUGCUUAAAAAUUAGGUUAUUUAAAGUUUUAAAAACUUCUAUAGGGCAAAUGUGGUUCCGAUUAUAUUUUCCAGAUUAAAUGUAGAAAAUCGUGCAGCAUUGAUGGUAAAGAGUUUUUCCACACUGUCAGAUAAAAUUUUCAAGGCAAUAGUCAAUGAGAACUUAUUCAAUAAAUAAAGCGGAAUUAAAUAAACGACCGAAAAUUAA